ACAUCACACUUUGAAUUUUGCUUUUCCCGUUAUGCAUCGUAGCUUUGAUCUGAUAUAUCUUUGAAAGCCAAAGCACGACUCUAUACAUACAAUUUGUAGCAUUGCCGAGAGACUGUUCAGCUCGCUGGGUAAUGACAUAGACUCGCUUAUGAUACCUCAGACUAAGUUAGAUAUUGUAUCCGACAGCUAUAUUUAUUACAAGCCACUAGAUAUUAUUAGUUAGAAAUCACUGAUUGGCAGUAUCGAAUUUAUUUGUGCAGAUUACAAUUGUUAAAUAAAACACGAUAGAGGAACAGAAUGAUAGAAAGAACAAAUCAGACAACAACUCAAAAAAGCAAUUCAAAAAGAAAUAUGAGUAAACCAGAAAGGAGGAAGGGGAUAAUUUUGAUGUUGGGUCGUGUGGAAUGCGGAAUAUUGAUUAUCCCUCUCUUCGCGUUGCCAUUUACAUUGAAUAAAACUGAGGUAGAUUGGGCAUAAUGGACAAAUCGCUCGUUUUACAGGAUUAUCUAUAGUCAAAACUCAUCUUAAGCGACAGAAAACAAUAAAGGGAGAGAAAGCAAACCACAGGAAAGAUAAAGAAAACUGAUUUUAAAAAUCGGAAAAGGGGCACAAAAUAGAAAAGGAGAAAUUAGAGUAAGGAGAGAAAGCUGGGACUUGGAGGAGAUGUAGAGACACGCAGGAGGAGGGAUACAGAGCUAAGAAGGAUGGAGAGAAAUACAAUCAAAGAGAUAGAGAGGCGUGAGAUCCAUGCUGUGAUAAUAACGUGUCCAGCCAGCUGUACGGUGGAUUUUUAAGCAGAGGUAGCGAGGAGCCAGUCAAAUCAGUGCUCUCGCCUUGUGCCCGAGGUGAUGCUUGUGAGCGACUUCUGAGUGAGUGUGUAUCAAUGAGAGAAUCGCUCCGGUCAGGAUCUGCAGUGGCCAGCGGCAGUAAAAGCAACAACAGCAGAGACAGCGAGCUUCUCACAGCACACACUGCUCUUCAUAUUUCAUUCAAGCUCAAUCGGACUGAAACACCACUGAGUUUGUUUUCUUUUAAAAGGCAAACCUACUAGACCAUGGCUUCUCCGGAAACACUUCCUUCUUCUUCAGAAGCAUCUAAUUGUGAAAACAAUUCGCCUCUACAGCUGAAGAAAGGCUUGUCGAUCUUCCGCGAUAUUUUACGGCGGGCAGACAAAAAUGAUGAUGGCAAGCUGUCCUUUGAUGAAUUCAAGGCUUACUUUACAGAUGGAGUCCUGAAUUCAGAAGAGAUGCAUGAAUUGUUUCGUACUAUUGAUAGCAAUAAUACCGACAACCUCAACAUUGAAGAAAUAUGUGUGUACUUUUCCAUCUGCAAUAAGCUGUGA